CUCUCUCUCUCUCUCUCUCUCUCUCUCACACACACAACACACACUCUCUCUCUCUCUCUCUCUCUAGACCGUGAUGUUUCUCUGUUAUCGAAAUAUACAAACCCGCCGCCUGUAACAACUUUCAAGUCUCAACCCGCACACACUGGAAACCGCCUCCCACUUCAUUCAAUUCCUGUCGUUUUAUUCAUUGGAACGUUUCCUCCUCUUUCUAUAUAUAUAUUAUAUAUAAAUCAGACGCAUAAGAAUAUAAGAUGCCCUUCUCUGGCUUCAACUGUGUCCUUCUUCUCUGCUAAUAUCUAUAUAUUUUCGCCUCUAUUUCACUAAAAUCAUCCUUUAUUUAUUUUUUUCUUUUUAUAUACAGUUGGUGGGUCUCUCUCUAAAUUGGAGGUAUUUGAUAAAUAUACGGAUACAAGUAGGAGUCGAGUGAAUAUCCUGCCUGGAUUCUUUUAACUUAUUAUGGACGCGGACACAUCCUGGUUUGAUGAUGAGCUCGAUGAUAAUAGAAAAGGAACUGGGGUAUUUCAUCCGUGCUUGGAGCUGAUUUACGAAGAUGAUAAAGAAACCAAUCAUGUCUCCAUUGAUUCUGUCCUCCCAAAUGAUCUGCUGGAACAAAUUUUGGCAUCUCUACCCUUUGCAUGCAUUUCUAAAUCAAGUUGUGUUUGUAAAAAAUGGAAUGAGAUUGUGCACUCUAGAAGGUUUAUGUUGAACAUAUCAGGCAUCUUAUCACAGAAACCUUGGUACUUCAUGUUCACCUCCUCUGAUGAACCCAUUGGAUAUGCUUAUGACCCCACGCUACGGAAAUGGUACUGCUUUGAACUCCCGUGCAUCAGAGCACCCAGUUGGUAUGUUGCUUCGUCGUGUGGUUUGGUUUGUGUCAUGAAUAGUGACAGCAGGAUCGAGUUAUGCGUUUGUAACCCAUUCACUAAAGACGUCAAGAGACUUGAGGAGCCUUUAGGUAAAAAAUUCUUUGACUAUGCAGCUCUUGCAUUUUCAGUUGACAGGUCAUCACACUGUUAUACCGUCGUUCUCAUGUCUUCUAAGCGAGCCUCGGAAGAUUUUGUUUACUGGGAUAUCUCAAUUCACGUCUAUUUUUCGAAAACAGUAACAUGGACAUCUCCUGUAAAGGAAACUUUGGCAGAUUGGAGAGUAGGAGAAGACGGCGUGAUUUGUGAUGGAAUUCUAUAUAUCCUGGUCCACUCCACAAGAGAAAUGGGUAGGACAGAAAAUCGCCAUGCUCUGUUAGCUUAUAAUCUUUAUAACCAGUGUUCCGAGGACAAGCUAAUUGACACUUUAAUCCAAGUACCCUGCUUUCUCACUUGUGGACGGCUUAUGAACAUUAAGGAUAAGCUUGUAAUGGUGGGAGGUAUUGGGAGACGAGACCGACCAGGGAUCAUUAAGGGAAUUGGCAUCUGGGUUCUAAGAGGUAGGGAGUGGGAAGAGGUUUCCCGCAUGCCUCAUAAAUUUUUUCAAGGAUUUGGCGAGUUUGAUGAUGUUUUUGCAAGCAGCGGUUCUGGCGAUCUUAUAUACAUUCAGAGCUAUGGUUCAACAGCUCUUCUUGUGUUUGAUGUGAAUUUGAAGCACUGGAGCUGGUCACAGAAAUGUCCUGUGACCAAGAGGUUUCCUCUUCAGCUUUUCACUGGCUUCUGCUUUGAACCACGGCUCGAUAUUUCACCAUAAUCGUGCAGCUUCAGCUUUGAUCCUAGCAGGUGGUGGUAAAUUUUGGUCCUGAUCUAUAUUUUUCCAUUUUCCCUGGCAUCCUAGAGGAGGACAUUAAUCUAACAAGAAAAAAGUUUUACUUCUUUUUUUUUUUUUUUCAGUGAUCUUGCUUGCCCAAAUGGGUACUUCUAAAUAAAUUGAGACAAAUUUCUUACAAAAUUAAAUACAGAUAUGGAGAUGGGUGUUUGUUUA